AUGGCUACCCCUAGUGUCCUCGUUUUUUACGCUGAGGGUCGAGCCAUUGACUUUGACGUCUCGGUAGAUGACCUGCAGCUGUUUUUACAGUGCGAUAGGGCAGACGGUCUCUCACUCUUUGACCGCACCUCUGGCGCCUCUCCUGCCCCUGCUGCUGAUGCCGACGCCACUGUUCGCUCCCAGUGGGCCACGCACGACGCUGCUGCACGUCUUGCUGUGCGUCGCCACCUCCCUACGUCCGAGCGCGCGCACUUUAGUCAGUACAAGAGUGCUCAGACCUUGGGUGUUCCCCCUCCCCCCUUCUACCCUCUGUUGCUUCUGCUGCUGCGGCCGACCUCCUUGGUCUUGAGUCAGUCGGUGUGGCGUCUGCCCCUAGCGGGAGACGCCGCUCUGGCAAGGGCAAGGGGAGUAGGGGCACUGGAGGCGCGAGCGGGGGCGGUGGAGGUGGAGGUGGAGGCGGCGGGGGGAAUGGGGGUGGCGGUGGGAGUGGAGGUGGGAGUGGAGGUGUCGGUGGCGGCAGUGGAGGCGGAGGCGGCGGCGGCGGUGGCGGUGGGAGCGGAGGUGGCGGAGGUGGCGGCAGUGGAGGAGGCGGCGGAGGCGGCGGUAGCAGCGGAGGCGGCGGGGCCGGCGGAGGCGGUGGGGGUGGCGGUGGAGCUGGUCGCGGGUCUACGCAGAGGAGUGGCUCCGGUGGUGGUCCGCGCCAGCAGCAGCAGCGCGGUCGUGAGACCCUGUCCCCUCAGCAGCUCCGUGAGUGGUACACUGCACGCCAGCGGGGUGGGGGUUCUGGUCCGUGCACCUACGUCCUGCGCACCGGCGACCGUGCGGGUGAGCAGUGUGGGGGUGCGCACCCCACCCAGCGCUUCUUUGGCUGCCUGA